CGCCCGGGAACCCCUGGCCUCCCCACCACGCUGCGGCCCAGCCCCCGCCGCAGAGCUACCCGCCUCCGCCGCCGGGACAGGCAUGGGCGUAUCAUUCAUGGCCUCAAAAUCAUGGAUACCCAGGGCUUGCCAAUGAGGACGAUUGGGCCACAAAGGCAAAGGAAUGGGCUUCUGCUAAAUCUGUUACAGAGAAUCACCAGAUUCAGCAGCACACCAUUCCAAGUAGAACAGAGGUUCACCAUUAUGGCCACAAUGAUCAGUAUCAGCAACCAGCUGGUCUGCCGACAGAACCUUUACACCCACCAAUUCCACAAUCAAGUAGCGAUCAGUUGAUGUUUCAAAUGUCAGGUCAACAGAGGGAAACAAACUAUUUGCACGAUAGAGGUCCAAUGGUGCCACCACCGAAGAAUUUUGGUCCAUUUCCAUCCACCUAUGAGCAGGAGGUACCUUAUAAUUAUUCUUCUGCUCAAGGUAAUGGGAAUGCUACUAUUCAAUAUCCAAGCCCACAAGCUCAGCCAUCUCUGAGUGCCUCGUCAGUUCAAGACGGAUUUCCUCGUGGGACUCCUGGUGUGCCUGGGCAUGGUGUACAGUCUUAUAGGAUGAUGGCUGAUCCCAGUGACCAACCAUUGGAGUUCAAUGACAGAAAAGCUCCUGAUAUGGCAGUACAUGAGACGAUAAAUAUCAGAUCUAGUGCUCCAACAGCAGUGUCUGAACAUGGCACAGUUCCAACAUCAACUCAAUCAUGGGGCCCAUCUGCUACAGUUGGCUAUUUUCAUCCAGCUGCAGUACCACCACAAGCAUCACAGAUGGAUCCUUCUUUGCAUGCUGGACCACUCUUUGGAGCUCUCUCUGGUUCGAACUAUAUUCCACCUGCAGCAUUUGGUGUUGGUAGUGUAACUGAAGCAUUCCCUACAGAUGCAAACACUCUUUUCAAUGUUGCAGAACGGUCAAAGAAACCUCCAGUACCGAACUGGCUUCGAGAAGAGCUUCUAAAGAAAAAAUCCACUCCAGUCAGUGCUUCAGUGCAGCAUUCGAUAAAUUAUGAUUCCAUGGAUUCUGAAGAUGCUGUGGAACCACCAAAAAGAGCUGACCAAACUGAUAGUAGAAGCAUUAGUUCAGCAAAAUCAAUCAUAGCUGAUGAAGCUGAUGAGGAUGAAGUUGAAGCGGCACGGACGGCAGCAAUCAACAAGGAAAUUAAACGCGUGUUGACAGAAGUUCUUCUAAAGGUUACUGAUGAUCUUUUUAACGAGAUCGCAACCAAAGUUAUGAAUGAAGAUGAUUCAUCAGCUGAAACAAAUGAGACCACUGGCGUCUCUAGCUCAAAGGACCUUGGUCUGGGAGAAGCAAAAGUCAAGACCACAGCUAAAGUUGUAGUCCCUGCUAAGCCAAACAAUGUUAGCUCUACUGGUCAUUCUGAUGGUAAUGGGCUAAGUUCUCCUAAAGGUGCUCUUCUUGGUCUUGCUAGUUAUGAUUCAGAUGACGAGGAUGAUGAGGGUGACGGUGAUGGUAAGGAUUUAAUUUCAAAUUUAUCAUCUGAAAUUAAAGUUGGUGCAGCUCAUCCUAAAGAAAGUGAGAACGUUGAUGGCGAACUGCACAAUAAUAGUAACAGAAGUAUUGCUUCAGUCCAAAGUGUUCCAUCUGGAGAUGAUCAUAAAUCCAGUGACAGAAGAUCUCAGAGUUGGCCAACUGCAGAAUCUGAACGAGAGCCAAGUAUUCAUGACACACAGAAUGGAGAAGCCAAAACUUCUAUUCAGCCAAUUGGUGUGAUUCAUAAAACGAAUGAGAAGGUACAUGGACAUGCAGAGGUGGAUUUCCAAAAUGGAAAAACCUCUUCCGGCCAUCAUACUGAAAGUAAUAAUAAUAAUGCGGAGAGCACUCACAGGCAUUUUGAAAGGAACGGUCAUGAGAAAGAUCUUAAAGAGGCGAAGGUUGUCAAUGGAAAAGACUCUGAGCCUUCUAGAACUGACAAGUUUAGAGAUGGUGACAAGCAUAGCAUGCCUGAAAAUAUUGAUAAAAAAGGCACCUACAAAGAGGAAAAGGGUUCUGGCAGGUAUGCAAAACAUGGAUUGGAUAGAUGGGAUGAUGCCAAAAGAGAUCGAAAGGACCUUCCAAAGGAUGCAAGAGAGAGAAAGAGGGAUUCUGCUGAUAGAAGAGACAUAGGAAAAGAUGGGAAUGACGAUAGAUCAAGGCAAAUUACUAAGAGCUCAGCUAGCCACAGCAGCAGAAGGUCACGGUCACGGUCACCAAGUGGGAGAAGCCGUGCUAGGAAUGAGAGUUCUUCACGUGUUCGAGGGAGUGUUUCAAGCGACGAGCCUUCUGAUAAUGCAAAAAGGAGAAAGAGUCAUUCUCGUAAAAACAGCAUGUCUCCCUCACCUCCAAAAUCUAGGAGCAGACGAGUUUCGCGGUCUCCACAUAGCAAGCAUUCUCACCGCAGGCAUUCACCUUAUUCAUCUGCUGAAAGGAAGAAGCGGUCCAGAUCUAGAACUCCGGUCAAGAGGAGGUAGAAGAAGCUAGGUGGUUUUGUUUGUUUCCACUAGGGAUGCUUGCCCUUUGCCCUUCCGAUGAGGAAACAACAUUUGCACGCCCACGAAACAAGAUGCUGGAUCUAGCCUCCAACAGAGGAGACGACUCGACGACUCACGUGAUGGAUGUUGUUCGAAGGAUGAUGCACGGUGCCCAGCGGAAGAUAUGUCCGGUUUGCCAAUAUUAGGAUAUGUAAUGUUUUGUACAAGCAGGGGACUUCAUAAUUUGUAGCUCUAGCGUCCCUUUAACUAUUUUAUUACUUGUAUUUUCUCUUGAGGACAUUUAGUACUAGUAUGCAAGGAGAGGAGACUGGCCGAGUUUCGUUGGGACAUGCUGCGAUGUAAUUUUGUAUUGUUAUAUAUGCUCAUCGCCUAUCCCUGAAUCAUAAUUAGGUCGGGAAAGUGUGUCGCAGGCCUCCACAUGUAAUUUGUAUUAUCCUAUGGAUGGACAUGCUGGAAUUUAUUUAGCAUUCAUUUGCAGAAA